AUGACUUGGAUGGCGGCAUCUGAAGAACGACAACAACCGCCAUGGAAGUCAUAUCAAAGGCCCCAGGUCUCUGCACUCAGUGCGUACCGGACCGCUUCGCCAUGCAGUCGGAAUGGCAUUCCGAAAUGCGCGGGGACGGUCUCGUGCAAAAGGGGCACGUACCGCACUUUAUCUUGGGGAGUAGGCUCGCAGACACCUGGACUUGUGCAUUCACCGCCCCGUUACACACAAACUUUGACGCCACACCAGACAAAGAUGUCGCCUGCCCCUGAGAAGCUCUUUUUUGCGAAAUUAACCCCGAGUUCCUCUCUUUCUUCAUCCCGUCCUUUGGCACCGAAGCCGUGUGAGCAACCCCGUUUUGCAUCACCCUCAUCGAGACAUUUUCACUACGCAAACUGUACGAUGGCGAACUAUGGCAACCGUGAUGCGCAUCAUGUAUGCCAACCGAAGAGCCCAACGAUACGCUUGGCAUCGCUUUUGCAUGGGCGCCCGCUUGGGGAUGACCUUGUUGACUGGAAAAUUUCUAGGCGUCGCGAUGACAUUGGGGCACUGGUAGAGUUUUUGCUCUUGUUGAGAGACCGAGAGGCGAAGAAUAGGCAACGGAUUGAGGAAGAGGCGAUUUCAUUGCUCGAUUGUCUGAAGCAACAGGAACGACAAGAGAGGACGACGGCAUCUUUUAAAGAAUUGAGACUUCCUGUUGCACAAUUGAAGUCGUUAAAUUUUCUCAGCGCUUUACGGGCCAGCCAAACCUCAAAGUAUUUUGUGCAGCAGAAGGGGAUUCUCAAGGGUUUCGCCGGACAACCUUCAGCGCGGCAGUGGGGGGAUAAAAAGCGAGGGGGCGGCUGCCAUGGCGUGGCUGUGGAGCAGCAGCUUCUGAUCUUUGACGAGGAGAUGGCGGCGCGUAGCCUCAUCGAUAUUGUAGAGGAAGGUUGUAGAGGGCGACUUAUGCUGGCUGCAAAUGGAGGGACACAGGUUGCCGAGGGCAAAGGACGAGUCUUUGUUGGAAUAAAUGGACAGAUUGGCGAGAAGAGAAGGGAUGGCCCAGAGAGGCCUCAGUUGAAGGAGGAUGCAAGCAAGAAUGACGGGACAGCAAACAAGGUGCGGCAUCAUAAAGGGGAAUCACUGCCAAUAGGGGAUUUGUGGGGAUCUGCGGAUGCUCAUUUCGAUCCUUUGGAUGUGUGUGUAUGUGGCCAAGCUCCCAGCACGACUACAUCGGACACAUUUCUUUCGGCCAGCAACGACCGCUUCUUCUUUGAUGGACUUGGAAGAGUGGGUUUGGGAUUGGCAAACGGCGCAGGGGAAGAACGAGAUGAAGAGGACGAUUUGCGGGUGGUUUCAUCUUUGAAUUGCCGGAACGGGACGAAGGGCGAACGAUACGAUGAACUGUUCGUUGAAGAAGUUGGGUCCGAAGGCAUGAUAGAGCGGCCUGAGCAGAGUGACGUGGAGACUUUUCUCGACAGCGAGCAUGCGUGGCUGGAAGAGGCAAGGGCGGGUCUUUGUCUUGAGGAACAGGAAGCGCGAGCAGAAAUCAUGCAAUUGGAGGAAUACGGCAUUGCGCAUCUGGAAGAGCAGCGGUGUAAUUGUUGGCUCUCGCGACACGUUUCUGACGCCGUCUUGCUGCAGAUGGAGAACAUCAUCCGUGAGGAGGAGUUGAGGAGAAUUCACAUUUGCGGCAGUCUUUUAGACACGGGAGCCACCACGGACUCCAAUGUUCUGUCUCCUCGUGAGUUGUCAUCAUCGUCGCACUCUCGCCUUCGUGUAGGAAUGGAGCAGCGCGAGCGUGAAGCUGUUUGCAACGCCUUUCGUGACGGUCUACGUACUGCGUGGGAGGCGGCGAUUGCCGCCCUUUUUGAGCAGGAGCAGCAGGAGCGGGCAAAGCUAGAAAGGGAGGCACAGCCGAAGUACACUUCCGUACUGUGGGGGAUUGUGUCCAUGGGAGAGCGGCAGGAGAUUCUUCUUGAAGAGCAGAGCGAACGGGAGGGCAUUGAGCACGAGGCGGUGGGGCACUGGAUGGACCUUCAACUUCUUCAUAAAUUUCAAUACACACGUCUGCUUACUGGCACAAGGCGCAUGCCACCGAAGAGGAGAGAAAGCAGGCCGUGCAGCAGCGAUGCGGAAGGAAACGCCUACUCCUGGCGUUCAUUAAAUGGCGAUGGCGAUAGCGAUAGCGAUAGCGAUAGCGACGCCGACUCCGGUGUUUUUUUACUUCUGCCAUCUCAUUUGACCCAACGUGGUUGCAUGACCAAUUCGAAGAACACGUUGGACUACGCGAAUUCGACGAGUGAGGACAAUGGAAGACCACGAAUCCUUGUCGCGCACGGGAUUCAACCAGAGCCUGAAGCAAUUCAAAAAAAUUGUGUGGCUCAUUCCUUCAGCACUUUGGAGACGGAGGAGUGUGAGGGACGCGAGGCGCUGCAUGCGGACUGGCGCCGAGGAUAUGAAAAUCUGUUGGAACUUGAUGGCAUGGCGACAAAUGAAUUCAUGCGAGCCAUCAUGUUUUUUGACAGAAUGCGGACGUCCCACACUUCUGCCACUUCAAUGUAG